CUGCUCUGCUCGGCUGCCGUCUCUAUGGUGGCGCUAGGCCCCGCGAUGGCAGCGUAGGCGCCUGCGCGAGCCGGGCCCCCUCAGGCCGCUCCUGUCGCAGCGAGAAGGCGAGAGCCGGGCUUCCCCUUCCCCUCCUCUGCCGGCUCCCGCCCGCGCCGCUGGCUCCCUUGGGUUCGGCAAAUGGUGGGGCCGGAGGAUGCCGGAGCCCCGGGAGGCGGCGGGGCCUUGCUCCCUUCGGGCCAGGAGGAGUCGGCGGAGGAGGAGGAGGAAGAAGAGGGCGAGCCCAGGCCGCGGCUGAGGCGCUACUGGCCCGGGAAGAGCUCGCCCAACGGGGAGGCCCGCGGCCCAGGCCGGAUGACCAACGGCGACGCCGGCUUCCUCCUCAGGCCUCCGGCUCAGGAGGCGCCGCCAGCCCUGGCGCUCCCGCCACCGCCCUCCGAGCGCGGCGAGGAGAAGCUCCACAACGGCGGCUGCCUCUUCUUCCUCCCGGAGGAAGCCUCCGCCUCCUCCUCCUCUUCCUCCUCCGAAGGAGAAGAGGAGGAGGGGGCCGGGAGCCUGUCCUCCUCGGCGAGGGCCCUCCCUUGCCUGCCCGCCCUGGCCUUCAUGGACAUUAACCUCCACUCCCGCAACACCUUCGAGGUGAGCCGCCGACAGAGCGCCCCCGAGCACUUGCAGCAGGCGGCGACAGCGCAGCAGCAGCAGCAGCAACUCCCUCCUCCUCCUCCUCCACCGCCUCCUCCUCCUCCUCCUCUGCCGCAGCAGCCCAGCCUCCCUUCCGCAAGCAGCGCCAAUGCAGUCGCCUCCCAGGACGGGGACCGGCUCCGGAGGCUAGGAGGCCUCGCCGGGUCCAGCUUCGCCGACUUCUUCACCAGGAACUUCUUUACCAAGAGGACAAAGGAACUCAAACCUGCUGUCCACAGUGCUCCUGGCUGGAAGUUGUUUGGAAAAGUCCCACCAAAAGAGAACUUGCAGAAGGACUCCAAAAUAAUUCAACAGGAUGAAAGUUCUGGCAGUGUUGCAUCAGUAUCUACACCCAAUCUAUUAAGCACAGGGGAAUAUGAAGCAAGAACUGGAAAAAUGUGUAAACCUGCGCCGCACACAAUGAGACGUAGAAACUUUGAAUUUGAGCCACUUUCAACAACUGCUCUUAUUUUGGAAGAUCGACCAUCGAAUCUUCCUGCUAAAUCUGUAGAAGAGGCUUUACGUCAUAGACAAGAAUAUGAUGAAAUGGUGGCAGAAGCCAAAAAGAGAGAAAUUAAAGAAGCACACAGAAGAAAGAAAAUAAUGAAAGAACGCUUCAAACAAGAAGAGAAUAUUGCUAGUGCAAUGGUGAUUUGGGUCAAUGAAAUCCUGCCUAAUUGGGAGAGCAUGCGUUCCACAAGAAGAGUUCGAGAGCUUUGGUGGCAAGGGUUGCCUCCCAGUGUUCGAGGAAAAGUUUGGAGUCUCGCCGUAGGAAAUGAACUGAAUAUCACUCCUGAACUCUAUGAAAUUUUCUUAUCUAGAGCUAAGGAGCGAUGGAAGACAUUUGGUGGGACUGCUGCUGAGAAUGAUACAGAAGAUGCUGGCGUAUCAGUUUCUGAUCGUGAGGCUAGUUUGGAACUAAUAAAAUUGGAUAUAUCCCGCACAUUUCCAUCCCUCUACAUUUUCCAGAAGGGAGGCCCUUAUCAUGAUCUUUUGCACAGUGUCCUGGGAGCAUAUACAUGUUACAGACCUGAUGUAGGAUAUGUCCAGGGAAUGUCCUUCAUUGCUGCAGUCCUUAUUCUCAACCUGGAAGAGGCAGAUGCUUUUAUUGCCUUCGCGAAUCUCCUGAACAAGCCAUGUCAGCUGGCCUUUUUCCGUGUGGAUCACAGCAUGAUGCUGAAAUACUUUGCAGCGUUUGAAGUAUUUUUUGAAGAAAACCUACCCAAAUUGUUUCAUCACUUCAAAUCCUAUAAUCUUACGCCAGAUAUUUACUUGAUAGAUUGGAUCUUCACUUUGUACAGCAAAUCACUACCCCUUGAUCUGGCUUGUCGAGUCUGGGAUGUCUUUUGUAGAGAUGGAGAGGAAUUUUUGUUUAGAACUGCGUUAGGAAUUCUUAGGUUAUAUGAAGAUAUCCUCCUGCAGAUGGACUUCAUUCAUAUAGCACAGUUUCUAACAAAGCUGCCUGAGGACAUCACAUCGGAGAAGCUGUUCACGUGUAUUACAUCCAUACAGAUGCAGAAUAGUAACAAAAAAUGGGCUCAGGUGUUUGCCUCGUUAAUGAAGGAUAGUAAAGAAGGAGACAAGAACCAUAGUCCAGCACUAAAAAGUUAACUUCACCUUUAAUUGGAAUACUAAGGAAACCACUUGAUUGUCAAAGGAUUGUAGACAUCUUCUCAAUGAAAAAAAACCACUAAGGAGAAACAGCUUGGGAGAGUUAAGGAAGAGACAGUAUUUGACUGAAUGCAGUGGUGGAAUUUGACCGCCUUCGCCCUGCUGCCAGUAUUAAAGCGCUUUUUGUGGAAGGUUCCUUUUCACAGGAAGCGAAACAAUAAACGUGUGAACCUGAGAAAAUGGCUAAUGCAUAUUUAAUAUUUAAAGAUGAAUGCAAUAAAAUUUGUAAUAACUUUUGUUGGUACUUAAAAUCUCGAGGGAUAUCUUUUUUUAAUGAUUACCGCAGAGGCACUUUUGGGAGGAGGGCUGGUGUUGAAAGGAAGGCCCAAAAACUGCUACCUGAACCAAACACUUUUUGGUACAUAUACCUCCAAAAUGAACCAGUGAAAUCCUUAGGACCAAAUAAGUUUCUGCUUUGUUAUGUUUCGGUAGACAUCCUUGCCAGAUCACAGGAGGUUUUAUGUCUUGUCUUACUAAGCUUCUUUUAAACUGCAGUGUCAUUCUUCAGCUAAGUGAAUGUAUCUGAUCCAGAACGGAUGAAGCCGCACCCAAGUCAUUGGCAAACGUCUAACGGUGCCAGUAGUCAAGCAAACUCUUUAGAUAGUGUGUGCUUGUAUGUACAAAUUAUGGUUUUCCAGAACUUUUUUUAAGUACUCGGUGGGCAGCUUGGUUACAGGAAAAUUUGGAUUUAUACUCCAUGAAAAUCAAAUGAUUUUUUUAAAAAAUCAAAGUGACUUAUACUUGAUUAUAAACACUAGUAUAAUUAAUAAGCUAGUGGCAAGUCCUUUUGCACAUUUUAAGCAAUGUUAAUAUUGAACGUUUAGUCCCUGUAUAGGAAAUAAAAAAGCUUUUUUCACUUAAAUUCAAAGCUGAGUAGUUUUGAACCACGGCGUCUACAAUAAUGGAUACCUGCAAAUGCAUACUGUCAAUCCAUUAUCUGUUAUUAUCAGCAUCAUACUGUAAAGGCAACACAUGGAAGUUUGCCAGCUUCCUUUUACACUCCAAGACAUUUUAAAAUGGCUUUUGGACUGAAGGGAGAUUGGUGAGGAUACCUCCUAAACUCUCUGAACAGCUCAUGCUUGUUCUUUCUAAGUCCAUUUUGAUAGUAUUAAUGUAAAUAAAUUUGCAUUAUGGUUUUUUUGUAUCUGGUCCCUAUAUGUGCAAAUGAAGUUGACAUCAUCAUUGCAUUAAAAUAAAAAAAGGAAAGAGGCUGAACCUGCUUCAGUCAUGUAAUGUGUUCAAAGAAGUUGCAGAACCUGUUUGAAAGAUUUGGCUUGCCGUACAUUGUAAUACUUAUGUUACUAUCAGAUUUAAAACUACACUUUAAUAUUACUUACAGCAUACAAUUUGAAGUUAAACGUGUCUGUUUUUUCCAUAUGUAUUUACUUACUCGGUUCCAGUGUAUGUCCUCUGUUUUGGGUUCUCUUGUACAGUUUUCUUACUUUCCAAGUAUAAACGUGUAUAUACAUUGUAAAUAGAAGGGAUUUAGCCUUCAUCCACGACCACUAGUAACAAUUCCUAUGUAAAUAAAACUUGUAAGCAGAAA